AUGAAUCUCUUUCAUUCUCUCCGUAUCUAUCUAUCUAUCUAUCUAUCUAUCUAUCUAUCUAUCUAUCUAUCCGAGACUUUUAAUUCAAUGAAUCUAUCUAUCUAUCUACUUAUCUAUCUAUCUAUCUAUCUAUCUAUCUAUCUAUCUAUCUAUCUAUCUAUCUCACUCUCUUUUUUCCGUAUCUAUCUGUCUAUAUUUAUCACUCACUAUCUCAGUCUCUUUCAUUCUCUCCGUAUCUAUCUAUCUAUCUAUCUAUCUAUCUAUCUAUCUAUCUAUCUAUCUAUCGAUCGAUCGAUCGAUCUCUGUCUCUCACUCUCAAUUUCAUUCUCUUUGAUUCUCUCCGUAUCUAACUAUCUAAAUAUCUAUACAUCUAUAUUUUUCUCUCUCUCGAUAUCUAUCUAUCUAUCUAUCUAUCUAUCUAUCUAUCUCUCUAUCACUCUUUCAUUCAUUCUUGUUCUACUUUUAACUAUUACUUCUUCUUCUUCUUCUUCUUCUUCUUCUUCUUCUUCUUCUUCUUCUUCUUCUUCUUCUUCUUCUUUUCGUCUAUUCGAUUUUGUCAUUUUUCACUUCUUUACUCCUUACACUUACUCCUUAUUCUUUACCUUUUACUCCUUAUUCUUUACUGCUUACUCUUUACUCCUUAUUCUUUACUCUUUACUCCUUAUUCUUUACUCCUUACUCUUUACUCCUUAUUCCUUACUCGUUACUCCUUAUUCUUUACUCUUUACUCCUUAUACUUUACUCCUUAUUUCUUACUCUUUACUCCUUAUUCUUUACUCUUUACUCCUUAUUCUUUACUCCUUAUUCUUUACUGCUUACUCUUUACUCCUUAUUCUUUACUCUUUACUCUUUACUUCUUAUUCCUUACUCUUUACUCCUUAUUCCUUACUCUUUACUUCUUAUUCCUUACUCUUUACUCCUUAUUCUUUACUCUUUACUCUUUACUCCUUAUUCCUUACUCUUUACUCCUUAUUCUUUACUCUUUACUCCUUAUUCUUUACUCUUUACUUUUUACUCCUUAUUCCUUACUCUUUACUCCUUAUUCUUUACUCUUUACUCCUUAUUCUUUACUCCUUAUUCCUUACUCUUUACUCUUUAUUCUUUACUCUUUACUCUUUACUCCUUAUUCCUUACUCUUUACUCCUUAUUCUUUACUCUUUACUCCUUAUUCUUUACUCCUUACUCUUUACUCCUUAUUCUUUACUCUUUACUCCUUAUUCUUUACUCCUUACUCUUUACUCCUUAUUCUUUACUGCUUAUACGUUACUCCUUAUUCUUUACCCUUUACUCCUUAUUCUUUACUGCUUACACUUUGCUCCUUAUGUUUUACUCUUUUCUCCUUACUCUUUACUCCUUACUCUUUACUCCUUAUUCUUUAAUCUUUAUUUUUUACUCCUUACUCUUUUCUUCUUAUUUUUUUACUACUUAUUCUUUACUUCUUACUCUUUAUUCCUUAUUUUUUACUCUUUAGUCGAUACUCUUUACUCUUUACUCCAUACACUUUACUCCUUAUUCUUUACUUCUUACUCUUUACUUCUUACCCUUUAUUCCUUAUUUUUUACUCCUUAUUUUUACUCUUUAAUCCUUACUACUUACUCUUUCCUCCUUACUAAAGCAUUAUUUAAUCAGUUUUCUCCGUUUGUUCGUUUGUUCUUUCUUUCUUUCUUUCUUUCUUUCUUUCUUUCUUUCUUUCUUUCUUUCUCACUUUCUGUCUGUCUUUCUUUCUUUCUUUCUUUCUUUCUUUCUUUCUUUCUUGUACAUGCUUUUUCCCCUCCAGUUCCUCUUCGUUAUUCUUUCUUUCGUUUCUUUCUUUCGUUUCUUUCUGUCUUUCCUUUUGUUUUCUUCAUCCUUCUCUUCUUUAUUCAUUCGGGUCCUCUCCUUUUCCUAAGGGUUCAUGCAAUUCCUCUAGUCUUCACGAUCCAAUGUGUUCAACAUGUUGCACGGAGCGGCUGCCGGACAAGAGGCAGCAAUUUAAAUAGAAGGUCAUCUUCGAUCUUGUUCUUCUUCUCCCCUCUCCUCAUUCUUCUUCUUCUUCUUCUUCUUCUUCUUCUUCUUCUUCUUCUUCUUCUUUGUCCUCAUUCUUGUUCUUCUUCUACCCUCUCCUCUUUCUUCUUCUUCUUCCUUGUCCUCAUUCUUGUUCUUCUUCUACCCUCCCCUCUUUCUUCUUCUUCUCUCUCCACAUUCUUCUUCUUCUUCUUCUUCUUUGUCCUCAUUCUUGUUGUUCUUCUACCCUCUCCUCUUUCUUCUUCUUCUCUCUCCUCAUUCUUCUUCUUCUUCUUCUUCUUCUUCCCUCUCCUCAUUCUUCUUCAUCUUUUUUUCCUCAUUUUUAUUUCUUCUUCCCUUUCCUCAUUUUCCCUCUCCUCUUUCUACCUCUUCUUCUUCUUCUUCUUCUUCUUCUUUGUCCUCAUUCUUGUUCUUCUUCUCCCCUCUCCUCAUUCUUCUUCUUCUUCUUCUUCUUCUUCUUUGUCCUCAUUCUUGUUCUUCUUCUACCCUCUCCUCUUUCCUCAUUUUCCCUCUCCUCUUUCUACCUCUUCUUCUCUCUCCUCAUUCUUCUUCUUCUUCUUCUUCUUCUUCUUCUUCCCUCUCCUCAUUCUUCUUCAUCUUCUUUUCCUCAUUUUUAUUUCUUCUUCCCUUUCCUCAUUUUCCCUCUCCUCUUUCUACCUCUUCUUCUUCUUCUUCUUCUUAUUCUUCUUCUUCUUCUUCUUCUUCUUUUUCUUUGUCUUCAUUCUUGUUCUUCUUCUCCCCUCUCCUCAUUCUUCUUCUUCUUCUUCUUCUUUGUCCUCAUUCUUGUUCUUCUUCUACCCUCUCCUCUUUCCUCAUUUUCCCUCUCCUCUUUCUACCUCUUCUUCUCUCUCCUCAUUCUUCUUCUUCUUCUUCUUCUUCUUCUUCUUCUUCUUCUUCUUCUUCUUCUUCCCUCUCCUCAUUCUUCUUCAUCUUCUUUUCCUCAUUUUUAUUUCUUCUUCCCUUUCCUCAUUUUCCCUCUCCUCUUUCUACCUCUUUUUCUCUCUCCUCAUUCUUCUUCCUCUUCUCCCCUCUCCUCAUUCUUCUUCUUCUUCUUCUUCUUCUUUGUCCUCAUUCUUGUUCUUCUUCUACCCUCUCCUCUUUCCUCAUUUUCCCUCUCCUCUUUCUACCUCUUCUUCUCUCUCCUCAUUCUUCUUCUUCUUCUUCUUCUUCUUCUUCUUCUUCUUCUUCUUCUUCCCUCUCCUCAUUCUUCUUCUUCAUCUUCUUUUCCUCAUUUUUUAUUUAUUCUUCCCUUUCCUCAUUUUCCUCUCCUCUUUCUACCUCUUCUUCUUCUUCUUCUUCUUCUUCUUCUUUGUCCUCAUUCUUGUUCUUCUUCUCCCCUCUCCUCAUUCUUCUUCUUCUUCUUCUUUGUCCUCAUUCUUGUUCUUCUUCUACCCUCUCCUCUUUCCUCAUUUUCCCUCUCCUCUUUCUACCUCUUCUUCUCUCUCCUCAUUCUUCUUCUUCUUCUUCUUCUUCUUCUUCUUCUUCUUCUUCUUCUUCCCUCUCCUCAUUCUUCUUCAUCUUCUUUUCCUCAUUUUUAUUUCUUCUUCCCUUUCCUCAUUUUUCCUCUCCUCUUUCUACCUCUUCUUCUCUCUCCUCAUUCUUCUUCCUCUUCUCCCCUCUCCUCAUUCUUCUUCUUCUUCUUUUUCUUCUUCUUCCCUCUCCUCAUUCUUCUUCAUCUUCUUUUCCUCAUUUUUAUUUAUUCUUCCCUUUCCUCAUUUUCCCUCUCCUCUUUCUACCUCUUCUUCUCUCUCCUCAUUCUUCUUCUUCUUCUUCUUCUUCUUCUUCUUCUUCUUCUUCUUCUUCCCUCUCCUCAUUCUUCUUCAUCUUCUUUUCCUCAUUUUUUCUUCUUCUUCCCUUUCCUCAUUUUCCCUCUCCUCUCUCUACCUCUUCUUCUCUCUCCUCAUUCUUCUUCUUCUUCUUCUUCUUCUUCUUCUUCUUCUUCUUCUUCUUCCCCUCUCCUCAUUCUUCUUCAUCUUCUUUUCCUCAUUUUUAUUUCUUCUUCCCUUUCCUCAUUUUCCCUCUCCUCUUUCUACCUCUUUUUCUUCUUCUUCUUCUUCUUCUUCUUCUUCUUUGUCCUCAUUCUUGUUCUUCUUCUACCCUUUCCUCUUUCUACCUCUUCUUAUCUCUCCUCAUUCUUCUUCUUCUUCUUCUUCCCUCUCCUCAUUCUUCAUCAUCUUCUUUUCCUCAUUUUUUCUUCUUCUUCCCUUUCCUCAUUUUCCCUCUCCUCUUUCUACCUCUUCUUCUCUCUCCUCAUUCUUCUUCCUCUUCUUCUCUCUCCUCAUUCUUCUUCCUAAACUCAUCUCUCCUCAUUCUUCUCUCCUCACCUCAUUCUUCUUCCUCUUCUUCCUUUUCCUCAUUCUUCUUCUUCUUCUUCUUCUUCUUCUUCUUCUUCUUCUUCUUCCCUUUCCUCAUUCUUUUUUCCCUCUCCUCAUUCUUCUUCUUCUUCGCUCUCCUCAUUCUUCUUCUCAUUAUUAUUAUUAUUAUUAUUAUUAUUAUUAUUAA